GGGCUGGGGUGGAGAAUGGGCCAAGGCCUUGUCCUGGGGCCGAGCUGGUGCCAUCUCCCAAUACACAUCCCAGGCGCACAGCCGGGAGCAGGGGGGCGGGUGCUCGGGGUCAAGGGAGGCAAUGCUCCAGGGCUCCUGUUUGUUCUUCUGCAGAGUGAGGUGAGCAGCCCCUGCCUCCUGCCAUCCCUUGACCCUGGCAGCCACAGCCAGGAUUUGAAGGGAACGGGUCUCACGCUCGCAGACCUGUGCAGAACCAUCCUGGCGCAGCAGCUCCCCGUGCGGCAUCCGGCAGCAGGCAGCCCUCACCCUCCCUCUGUGCUCUCAGAAAUACUUUGCCAUGCGCGGCAGGACCACAUAGACUUCGGCCCAGCUGAGCCGCACACGGUGCUUUUCCAUGAGCCUGGCAGCUCCUCCGUGUGGGUUGGGGGACGCAGCAAGCUCUAUCUCUUUGAUUUCCCCAAGGGCAAGAACGCCUCGGUACACAUGGUGAACAUUAACUCCACGAAGGGGUCCUGCCGAGACAAGCGGGAUUGCGAGAACUACAUCACGCUCCUGGAGAAGCAGGGUGAGGGGCUGUUGGUCUGCGGCACCAAUGCCCGGCGACCUAGCUGCUGGAUCCUGGUAAAUGACACUGUGAUGUUGCUUGGUGAGAGGAAAGGCUAUGCGCCCUUCAGCCCGGAUGAGAACUCCUUGGUUCUGUUUGACGGGGACGAAGUGUACUCUACCAUCCGAAAGCAGGAAUACAAUGGGAAGAUCCCUCGGUUCCGCCGAAUCAAGGGCGAGAUCGAGCUGUACACCAGUGAUACUGUCAUGCAAAACCCGCAGUUCAUCAAGGCCACCAUCGUGCACCAAGACCACGCCUACGAUGACAAGAUCUACUACUUUUUCCGAGAGGACAAUCCUGACAAGAAUCCCGAGGCCCCUCUCAACGUGUCCCGCGUGGCCCAGCUGUGCAAGGGGGACCAGGGUGGCGAGAGUUCGCUGUCUGUCUCCAAGUGGAACACCUUCCUGAAAGCCAUGCUGGUGUGCAGCGACGCCGCUACCAACAAGAACUUCAACAGGCUGCAGGACGUCUUCCUGCUCCCUGACCCUAACGGCCAGUGGAGGGACACGAGGGUCUAUGGCGUUUUCUCCAACCCCUGGAACUACUCAGCCGUCUGCGUGUACUCCCUCGGCGACAUUGACAAGGUCUUCCGCACUUCCUCACUCAAGGGCUACCAUGCAGGCCUUCCCAACCCUCGGCCUGGCAAGUGCCUCCCAGACCGGCAGCCGAUACCCACAGAGACCUUCCAGGUGGCCGACAGUCACCCCGAGGUGGUACAGAGGGUGGAGCCCAUGGGGCCUCUGAAGACACCACUGUUCCACUCUAAGUACCACUACCAGAAAGUGGUCGUCCACCGCAUGCACGCCAGCAAUGGGGAGACCUUUCACGUGCUUUACCUAACCACAGACAAGGGCACCAUCCACAAGGUGGUGGAGUCAGGGGACCGGGAACACAGCCUUGUCUUCAACAUCUUGGAGAUCCAGCCCUUCCACCGAGCAGCCGCCAUCCAGGCCAUGUUGCUGGACGCUGACCGGCGGAAACUGUAUGUGAGCUCCCAGUGGGAGGUGAGCCAGGUGCCCUUGGACCUGUGUGAGGUCUACAACGGGGGCUGCCACGGCUGCCUCAUGGCUCGAGAUCCCUACUGCGGCUGGUACCAGGACCGCUGUGUCUCCAUCUACAGCUCCCAAGGGCCAGUGCUGCAGUCCAUCAAUCCAACCGAGCCACACAGGGAGUGCCCCAACCCAAAGCCAGAAGAGGCCCCAUUGCAGAAGGUGUCCCUGGCCCAGAACUCUCGCUACUAUCUGAGCUGCCCCAUGGAGUCCCGCCACGCCACCUACUCAUGGCGCCAUGAGAAGAACGUGGAGCAGAGCUGUGAGCCCGGCCACCAGAGCCCCAACUGCAUCUUGUUCAUUGAGAACCUCACGGACCUCCAGUACGGCCACUACUACUGCGAGGCCCAGGAGGGCUCCUACCUCCGCGAGGCUCAGCACUGGGAGCUACUGCGGGAGGACGGCGCCAUGGCCUCGCACCUGCUGGGCCAUGCCUGCACCCUGGCUGCCUCCCUCUGGCUGGGCGUCAUGCCCACACUUGCUUUUGGCCUGCUGGUCCAUUAGGGCCUCCUGGGGCUGGCAUGCUGCAGGCUUCGGCAGCCCCAAGGCCCUAGAAAAAUCCCACACUCAGAACUGGCCGGGCCUGGAGCUCCUUGCCCAUCACUUCUUCCAGGGGGACUGCAUAACCCAGUGGAGGACGCCAGGCCUGGAGAUGGCCAGCCGCAGGCGGCUGCUGGGCCCCGGUGGGGUGGGGGUGGUUUGGGCCAGAGAACGCAGGCUCUGACUGUGAAGCUGGGGCAUUGAUGACCCACGAUUUUAUCUUCUGGCGACUAUUUUUCAAAAACUCCUCCUCAAACUUGACUAAAUGCAGAGGUGGCUCUUGGCCCAAGAGCCUUUGGGCCGGAGAGUGGGGUUAAGAAAGGGGAGUUGGGGCCCCAUCUCUGGACCUUUGGGCUGAGGCCUGAGUCCUUCUGGACUUUGAUACCCAAAUUGCCCCCUCAUCCUCCCUCCUGCCAUGGCUGGGGGUGGCUAGUGUUCCUGCAGGCCCAGGGCUGCCCUCUGUGGCCACCUCGCCAGCCCUGGAUCCCACUAGGCAGCUGCCUUGCAUGUUUAUUGAAGGAUGUUUGCUUUCCGGACAGAAGGACGGAAAAAGCUCUAUUUUUAUGUUAGGCUUAUUUCAUGUAUAGCUACUUCUGACUGCAUCUGUAUGAAAUACCAAAACUACAUGCUGGGGGUGGGGUGGGGAAGGGAGGGGCUGGGGAAGGGAUGGGUCAUGGGGGGUCCCAGUCUGUGGCUCCUGGGGAUGGGAUGAGUCCAGGGAUGGGCAUGGGUUCGAUGAGAGUGGCAUGAGCUGGCUCUGCCCUGGGAGCCCAGUCUGAGGGGGACGUUGUCCAAGCCCCCGCCAUGGGGUGGAUAUGGGGGGGGUGGGGUGAGGGAGACAGGGGAGAAUGAAGGAGAAAACUGAGCCCUAGGUUCACCGUGUUCAUUUAGAAGGAGGAGCCGGGUCCUCAGGGGGAGGUUCCAGGACUCUGCCCUUGGCAUUGGGGGUUGGGGGGCGGGGGGGCCCCCUCCCCUCCCCUCAGCCCCCUUCCCCAGGGGCUGUGCUUCCAUGCUCCUAGCCUCCCACCUUCAGCUCAGGACAUGUUAUAACUUAGGCUAAACUGUGAAUUCCUGUAGGGACAGCCUGGGCCAUGCUCUCCAGGUGGACGGCUCUGCCCCAGCCCUGUCCAUGGAUUUCAGCAGAGAGCUGGGCCCUUCUCUGGCUGUGUCUGGCCAGCCUGGGGCAGGGCCUGGGGCUGGUGGCCUUCCAGCUUUGGCCCCUGCAUCUCUUCUCAAUGCACUUUAAUAAUGUAACAUAUUACUAAUAAACAAGCUAUUUAUUUA